CAAGGUCACGUCCUGCCCCGCCUCUCGCCUCCUCCCCGCGUCCCCUCCCCCCCCCCGCCACGAAGACAGCGUUUGAGAAAGUUCCACUGCAAAUAGUUGCUUUAAAGUCUCCGUAUUUUUCUGACUCGCGUAUUACGUGAAACUUCAUCCUUAGGUCUAGCCAUACAGUCCAUCACGGCGUCUUCCACGGGGAAGUAACAGAGCGGGCCUACCACUCCCAGGAAGCUCCGCGCGCGCCAGGAGGACUACAACUCCCCGGAGGCAGCGCGGCGGGCGGGGCGGCCCGUGGCGGUGCCCGCAGGACCCCGGAGAAGGCGCGGGCUGCCCGGCGCGGCGCUCGCAGGACCCCGGCGCCUACCCAUGCUGAGGUGAGUCCGCGGCAGCCGCCGCCGCCGCUGUCCCGUCCCCGCCGCCGCCCCGCGCGGCCCCGCCGCCGGCCAGGAUGCUGGAAGAAGCGGGCGAGGUGCUGGAGAACAUGCUGAAGGCGUCGUGCCUGCCUCUCGGCUUCAUCGUCUUCCUGCCCGCGGUGCUGCUGCUCGUGGCGCCGCCGCUGCCCGCCGCCGACGCGGCGCACGAGUUCACCGUCUACCGCAUGCAGCAGUACGACCUGCAGGGGCAGCCCUACGGCACUCGGAACGCGGUGCUCAACACGGAGGCCCGCACCAUCGACGCCGACGUGCUGAGCCGUCGCUGUGUGCUCAUGCGGCUGUUGGACUUCUCCUACGAGCAGUACCAGAAGGCCCUGCGGCAGUCGGCUGGUGCCGUGGUCAUCAUCCUGCCACGGGCCAUGGCAGCCGUGCCCCAGGACGUCAUCCGGCAAUUCAUGGAGACUGAGCCUGAGAUGCUGGCCAUGGAGACUGUCGUCCCUGUAUACUUUGCUGUGGAGGACGAGGCCCUGCUGUCCAUCUAUGAGCAGACGCAGGCCGCAUCCGCCGCCCAGGGCUCCGCCUCGGCUGCCGAAGUGCUGCUCCACACCGCCACUGCCAAUGGUUUCCAGAUGGUCACCAGCGGGGUCCAGAGCAAGGCUGUGAGUGACUGGCUCAUCACCAGUGUGGAGGGGCGGCUGACGGGGCUGGGCGGAGAGGACCUUCCUACCAUUGUCAUCGUGGCCCACUAUGAUGCCUUCGGAGUAGCGCCCUGGCUGUCACACGGUGCAGACUCGAAUGGGAGCGGCAUCUCUGUGCUGCUGGAGCUCGCCCGCCUCUUCUCCAGGCUCUACACCUACAAGCGCACCCACGCGGCGUACAACCUUCUCUUCUUUGCUUCUGGAGGGGGCAAGUUCAACUACCAGGGAACAAAGCGCUGGCUGGAAGACAACCUGGACCACACAGACUCCAGCCUGCUCCAGGACAAUGUGGCCUUCGUGCUGUGCCUGGACACCGUGGGCCGGGGGAACAGCCUGCACCUGCACGUGUCCAAGCCGCCACGAGAGGGGACGCUGCAGCACGCCUUCCUGCGGGAGUUGGAGGUGGUGGCCGCCCACCAGUUCCCGGAGGUCCGGUUCUCCAUGGUGCACAAGAAGAUCAACCUGGCGGAGGACAUCCUGGCCUGGGAGCACGAGCGCUUCGCCAUUCGCCGGCUGCCUGCCUUCACUCUGUCCCACCUGGAGAGCCACCGCGACGGCCAGCGCAGCAGCAUCAUGGACGUGAGGUCCCGGGUUGACUCUAAGACUCUGACCCGCAACACCAGGCUGAUCGCGGAGGCCCUGACCCGAGUCAUCUACAACCUGACCGAGAAGGGAACCCCCCCAGACAUGCCGGUCUUCACGGAGCAGAUGCAGAUCCAGCAGGAGCAGCUGGACUCGGUGAUGGACUGGCUCACCAACCAGCCACGGGCUGCCCAGCUGGUGGACAAGGACGGCACGUUCCUCAGCACGCUGGAGCACUACCUGAGCCGCUACCUGAAGGAGGUGAAGCAGCACCACAUCAAGGCCGACAAACGGGACCCCGAGUUUGUCUUCUAUGACCAGCUGAAGCAGGUGAUGAACGCCUAUAGGGUCAAGCCUGCCAUCUUCGACCUGCUCCUCGCCGUCUGCAUCGGCGCCUACCUCGGGAUGGCCUACACGGCAGUCCAGCACUUCGACCUCCUGUACAAAACGGUUCAGAGACUGCUUGUGAAGGCCAAGACGCAGUGACGUGGCCCGUCGCCGGCGCCACGAGCCACUGCCUGCCGCCCCUCCCCGUGCUGCAGCCCACAGGAGGGCAGGGCUUCACCCCU